AUGUUGCGAACGCGAGUGAUACUUCCGGUGCUGAUUUUCGCGUUAUGUUUGACGUUCUACUGUACGGCGUGUUCUCCGGAUAUUGGCCAGUCGUUGGACUUGAAGCAGUUUGCAGGUGAAUGGUUUUUCGCGGCUGGCACGCCGAUCAAUGAGAGUUUAAGUAGAUGUGGACGGUUCCUGGUUAGACAGACAUCUCCCAGCACCUUCGCGAUUAAAUUCACAGCCGUUAGUUACAAAAAUAAUAUUCCAAUCAGUUUCAACGUUGAUGGAAGUACCAAUGGAAACAAGAUUAUUGGAACUUGGCAAUUGCAGGGAUCUAAAAGGAUACUAGGACCGUUCCAGCACGUUAUAGUUGAGGCAAAGUACAAGAGCGUCGUUGGCAUGCUAGUCUGUUCGGAUAAUGGCUCGUCUCACCAGCAACGAUACAAGUUCUCUAUGAUUUGGUCCCGGGAGAGAAGUCUGCCUUUGCCGGUUUUCAAGGAGAUCAAGUCCAAACUAGGAGUAUACAUUAAUCAAGGGGAAAUUCGGAUGGUGGAUCAUGGAAACUGUUAA